UCGAAAGAGAAGGAGAAGUUAGACCAUCAUAUCGCCUCUGAGAAUGUUAAAUUUGCAAAGGGGACAAGUCGCGUUUAUACGAAGCCAUUUGGUGAUGCAUUUAUGGUGAAAAUGGUGGUUGCAUGGAAGUGUACACAGCUCAGCUCCAUUUACAAACGAAGAAAGCUUACAGAAUCUUCUGGAUUAAGAAAAAGCUCGGAUGUGGAAUUGCUAUUGCCAGGCAGUGCCGUUAAAUUCACUUCUUGUUUGCGAUCAUCCUCGAGUAUAUUUUUUUGUCGGUAUAUAUACUUGGGAAGGGACUUUAUAUCAUUUUCAGAGGCUCCAUCUCUUAUAGUCAUUGCAUAUGCAAUUGUAGCUAAGAUCGGAAAACAACAAAACAGCAACAGGAAAAUAACGCAAGCCAUGGCUAUGCAGAAGAUCAUGAAAAACACGUCAAAGGCUAAGAAGAUCACUGAUAACCUGCAGUUUUCCGGAAAAAAAAAAGGAGCUUUUUUAUGGGGUAAUCAAGGCAGAGAGAUUAUUAACAUGAGGGCAUGCGUAAAGUUACAAAAAACAUACCAGUAA